GUACAUGAACGCGGCGUGAAAAACGAAGCGAAACCGAUACGGUACCGUAGCCCCCCUAAGAACAAGACCGAGAAGUUACUAGAGCCGGCCGGGAAGUUCCUUACCUCAAAUACCCCCGCACGGGCAGAUGAAAACCUCCUGGGUCUGAACAGCCAGGAGAAAACAAGUACACAGUAUUAAUAACGUACUAACGGGUACAGAUAGUUUUAGGUGCCGGUAGCCGUUCAGACGUUUAGACCAAGUCAUUGGUGUUGUGAAGAGGAGGACUUCCUUGCUGCGUUGCUGUCUAUCAGAAUCAUCACCCGAUAACCAUUAAAAAGAAGAGAUGCCUCAGAAACAGAAGUCCAAGUCCUGGAUGGAAUUGAAACAAAGUGGAAAUGAAUGUUUCAAAACAGGCCAGUAUGGAGAGGCCACCAAUCUUUACAGCCAGGCAAUCAAAGAGCUGGAGAAGUCCAGCAAGAAGAACCCAGAGGAUUUGGGCAUUUUGUACUCAAACCGUGCAGCUAGCUACCUGAAAGAUGGCAACUGUGGGGAAUGUGUGAAAGACUGUAAUAUGUCUCUGGAGCUGUUCCCGUUCAAUGUGAAGUCUCUGCUUCGUCGCGCUUCUGCCUAUGAAGCUCUGGAGCGUUACAGACUGGCUUACGUAGACUAUAAGACUGCUCUGCAGAUCGACUGUAACAUAGCAGCUGCUCACGACGGCACCAACAGGAUGUCUAAGGCGCUCACAGAGGCAGAUGGUCUCUCAUGGAGAGAAAAGCUUCCUCCCAUCCCCACAGUUCCUCUGUCUGUAAGAGAGAAACUAGCCUCACAAACCACAGUCAUUGCUCCACAAUCAAACCCUGCACCGAAACAAAACGGCAUCAGACAAACAAACAAACCUGCUCCCAGUGAUAAAGACAUAAAGAAAGCUCAACUCCUGAAAGAAGAAGGCAACGCCCUGGUGAAGAAAGGAGAGCAUAAGAAGGCCAUAGAGAAGUACAGCCAGAGCCUCAAACUCAACCCCACUGAGGUCACAACCUUCACCGACCGGGCCCUGUGUUACCUGUCAGUGAAGCAGUACAGAGACGCCGUCAGAGACUGUGACGAGGCUCUGGUGAUGGACAGCAACAACAUCAAGGCUCUCUACAGGAGGGCUCAGGCUCACAAGGAGCUCAAGGACAUCAAAGCCUGUGUGGACGACCUGAACACCCUGCUCAAAGUGGAACCAAAGAACAUGGCUGCCAUGAAGAUGCUGCAGGAGGUGCAGAAGAAGAAGUGACAACACAUCAGGGCCUCUUGAGACGGUGGUAAGGAUCUGUCACUGCGCUGCUUACAGAAAGGACGACGACGAAUCACUUGUUUAGAUAAGAGUCAGGCGACGGCAAACAGUCGAGCAGUGACACAAUUCAACCGCAGUCAAAGACUGGGCCUGUGUUUCCCAAAAGCUCCCUGACACUGAACACGUGUUUGAUCCGAUCACUCUCACUGAACAAACAUGAGUUUGGUCUCGAGACACUUCUGGAAAACGCAGCUCCGAUCGGUGAGAACUGAAGGUGUAUUGGGAAGGAGGGGUGCUGCCAUUUUCAUCUUUGGAAAUGUUUGGAUUUCACCAGUUUUAUUGUCAGUUUCAAGUCACUGAGUAUUUAUGGUUAUUUAUAAGAGCUGUAAUUAUUAACACAGACGUCGUAUUUCUAACUCAGAAUAAGCCAUUACAAUCACCGAUUUGUAAAAGUGAAGUUCAGCAGGUAAUCGGCCAUCAUUUGGAACCUCCUGCUGAACACUACCACAGUACAGCAAAAUGUCAGUUGACAAAUUUACCUAGUCUUACCUUUAUACCGUCAUGUUUUGCGUGUUCUCGUUUCACUACUCACUAGAGCUGCAACUAGUAAUUACUUUCACUUUAUAUUACGGUGCUGAUUAUGUUCUUAAUUAGCUUACCAUCACAGUAUCCUGGAAACUCAAGGUAACAUUUUCAGUCCGAAACCCAAGAUUAUCAAUUUUAUUAUCACAUAAAAAGAGAAGCAGCAAAUGCUCACAUGUGAAAAGCUGGAACCUGACAUUCCUGGAGAUUGUAUCAAAUAUCCAAAUUUUGUAGAUCGAUUGUUGCAGCUCCGCCCACACAGUUUUAAAAUGUGAAGCCCACUUCAUCAGGAAACCUACCCAUCUAAACAUUGGUGAUUGUAAAGGUUUAUUCUGUAUUUGAAUUACAAGUAAACAGCCAUUUUUCACAUAAUGUUCUACACUCAGGUAGUUGACUUAUUUAUCCUAUAUUUGGCUUUCUAAGGCUUUGUGUAUGAAUGUCUUUCUCAGUGGAUUGAAAUUUAUUUUAUUCAUGCCAUGCUCACGUCAUAUGGGACAGGUGGUAGAGAUGUCAAGUGUCAACAUCAGGCAACAUCAGGAUGGUUGUAUGAAUGCAGAGUUGGUCGUGUAGUGUUAAGUAGCAUGCCAUGGCAAUAUAGCAUGUUCAAUUCAGUUUAUUUACCUUGAACACCGUACUUGAUACCUGAUAUGAGGCAACAAUAUUUCCUUGCCUUUUCAUGCACUUCCAGAUUGUUCUGGAGUUUCCCAGUUUGAGUUUAAGUGAACCCUAUUUACAAGUCAAACUGGUAGGUGAGAUAUCUCUGAUAUGACGUGAAUGUAGCAUCAGUCUCUUAUCACUUGCCUAUUUUGCCUUCUUUCCUUCCUUGGUUUAGACAUCUGAAAUGUGUGUGUCACUCCACUGAGUUAUGUAUGUUGUUUACUACUUUUAGGAUCAGUGUAUUAGUUUGCUCCCAUUUUGUUGUGAACCAAGUGAAACUAUACUCAAAUGGGUUAUCACAUACAAAGUACUGUCUCAUUCUGUGAUUGAAGUCCCCCCCACCCCAUUUUAUUAUAUUGUGAAAUGAGAAUUCUCAUCGGUGAUCCUGGCAAUCUCCAUCUUGCCUGAAGUGCCUGUCUUCAUCCUCCAUGUGCUGCUCUGGAUUAGUUUCUGCUGGACAGCUGCAAUGUAAAACGUUAGUUCCUGCUUUAAAACAAACACAGAAAUCAUACCUCCAGUUAUCAUGCAAGGGAAGUUUGGGAACAUCUGCACUUAUUCAUGUUUGCAUAUUCGAGCCAAGAAGCUGCACAGUGCGACAACAUCCUCUUGGAAACUGAGAUCCUUUGUUUUAUCUCAUCACAUUUCUGCUGUUUUUGUCAACCUUCUGUUUAAACUGAAAAUAAAUGUAAGAAAUAUA